UUUUGCAUCAUUGAACCAAGAUCAUUGUUAAAAAUAUUUCAUCGAAUAUGCCUGAAAUGUAUUGCGGACUAUGACAGUCUUAUGGAUACUUGUCCAAAUUUCCAUCAGAUUUUUCAGUAAUGACCACUUCAUUGGUCCAUGGUGGCUCGACAAAUUUUUAUUUACCUUUGUGGAGCCAGGAUGAACAGUGCUUUGGUGGUUUCAAUUCUUCUGCUGCAAGUUGGAUUCACCCUGUCAUGUCCCACAACAAGCUGCACUUGUGAAACCGUGUCUUCAUCAACUAAACGAGUUAUCAGAUGUCGUGAUCUUAAUGCCAUACCAACUUUUAGCCCAUCUGCAGAACUAUUCCUGAAACUGGAUCUAGAUUCUGCAAGUAAUAACAUACAAGUGCUUCAAGCCAAUGCGUUUCAGGGAAUUCGUUUAGAGGAAAUUGAUCUAACUGGUGAAAAGAAUCAAUUACAGAGUAUUCAUCCAUUGGCUUUUUCUGGAUUACAACAAGAUCUGAAAACCAUCAGACUGCGUGGAGAUUCGGUAUUGCCACCCCCCUUCAGCCAAAUGCAAAACUUGACCAACCUCCAGGAACUUCAUCUGAAAAAUUUCAAUAUGCCAAGAAUUGAACGCAGUUCUCCAUUUCAUUAUUUUCCUAAUCUCCUCACACUGCGGUUGAGAGAAAUGCAGACAACUUUUGUGUCUGCUGAAUCCUUCAUGGAUCAGUUAGAAAUGUUAAAACGCUUUGAAUUUGCAAACAAUAAUGUCCCAACUUUUCCAAAACCUGCAAUUAAUAGGCUGCGCACUUUGGAACAUCUCUCAUGGCUACAUAAUGAAAUGGAAACCAUCCCAAAUGGAAUAUUCAGCUCUCUCAGCAAUCUUAUUGAACUGGACUUGAGAGGAAACCAGAUUGCCUCAUUAGAUUAUGGGUGUUUCAAUGGAAUAACAGAAAAACUGGAGUUUUUGGGUCUCCAAAUAAAUAAACUAAAUGAACACAGCAUCCUGCCACUGGGUAAUCAUACAUGGCCCAAGCUAGAACAGCUUAGUCUAGGUCAUAUGCAAAUAGACUUUCAAGACAUUCCUUCUGGAUUAUUCAAAAACAUGCCAAAACUGGCUAACCUAAUGAUGCCUGGCAAUAAAUUAAAAGAGAUAAAAAGCAAUGAUUUUGAAGGUCUUAGAAGUAUGCACUCUCUGGACUUGUCUGAAAAUUAUAUAAAAACUAUUCAAAAAGGUGCACUUGCUCACAUGCCACUUCUCGACACUCUUGAUUUACGGGCCCAGUAUGAUGUAAGUGCCAGCAACCCCCUUAACUUCAGCUUGGACAUCUUCCAGGGGACAGAACUUGCUUUGAAGACUCUUUAUAUACAGGAUAACCAUCUGAUAGAACAACAUGCUUGGGACGCUAUUGGAGCCAUGAAGAAUCUGAGAAACCUUGACAUUUCCAAAACAAAGCUGUCCAAUAUUCCGUCUUUAGUUUUCUACAGCCAUAAUCAACUUGGGAGCCUUAAAAUGCAAAGUAACGAUCUCUCAGUGCUAAGACAAGAGUCUCUGUAUGGACUUAAAGAUUCUCUGGAAAGCAUAGAUAUUGCUUUCAACAAAAUAAAUGUAAUAGAUGAAUGUGUAUUUGAAGGAUUUAGCAAACUGAUGUUUCUUUUUGCAUUAGGAAAUUCUCUUGCCUGUAACUGUAAUCUCUAUGGUUUGUACCAGCAUCUCAAAAUAAUAAAUUCAACUGGAGGAUACACACAAGUACCUUGUAGUUCUCCACCAAAUUUAGCUACCAAGGAGCUGCUUGAUUUACCGACAUCUGAUUUUUGCACCAAUUUGCCUACAUUAGCCACAUGUCCGGAGUUCACAACGACAACAGUUCCACCCAGUACUACAACUAUAACAACAACAUCCAUCCCUGUGCCAGACAUCCAGUUAGUAAUAUCAAAUGUGAAUGAAAAGACAAUAGUCAUCUCCUGGACUGUCGUUGGUGACAUGACAUACCUGAAAAAUUUCAGGGUGCAGUACAAACAGCUAGGAGUGGACAAUCCAGAGAUCAAAACUUUCCCAAUAGACAUAUCAAAACGAGAUCAUCCAAUAUCUGGACUUUUACCUGCAUCCAGGUAUCAAAUAUGUUUCUAUAUUGAUCUGACUGAUUCCACUACACAAAAGUUAAUAGGAUGUCUGACACAACAGACAAAACCAGAAGUUCCUACAGUGGCAACAACAGCAGCUAACACUGGUUCAGAUAACACUGGUACCAUUGUUGGGGGUGUGCUGGGAGGGUUUUUGUUAAUUGCCCUUGUUGUUUUAGUCUUUGUACUCUACAUUAUCUGGCAAAGGCGGAACAAAGAAAAACAGAAACCACCUCCACUUCCACCAGCUACUGGGAAUGUUAUGCCCAUUGCAAUGAAUCAACACCGUCCAACAAGUCAACCCAAAGUGUACAUCAGAAAAGCAAAUGGUGAAUUAGAGGUAAUGACUAUUUCCAAUGGAGUUAAUGAUAGUUCUCGUUUUUCUGCUGGAAGUUACCAAAAUGUUGACCUUAAUGCUGUUAGCAAUGACCCCUAUCCAACCAAAGGAGCAACAGGGGGUGAGGUAGGUGCAGAAAGAAGGGAACCCUCCAAGCAACAGCAUGUAAAGCUACCUCCUGAAAAUAAGCCAAAUGGAACUUUCCAGGAAAAACCCCGUUACACUCAAAUGCCAGGAGCCCCUUCACUGCCAAAUACCCACUACAUCAAUGAAGUCAACAGAAUGGCAGAGCGUGACCACUAUUCAAAUGGUGUAGAAACGCGACCGUUACCACAGACCCCUAAUAGUCAGUCAAUAUCGACUAUUUCUGGAGGGGGGUUCUUAAAUCAUGGAUUUUCAUCAAGUCCAACAGAAACUGUAUAUAAUGAAAUUGACCAUAAUAAUACAGGAACAGUUGUGUGAUGUAGAAUAAAAAGGAAAACAUAAGUGAGACCUUGAUCUAUCAGUGGACCGCACAAUGCAAAAUUCAAGUGUCCAUGGUAACAGGAAAACUAAUUCUACAAGCUUUCAAAAAUUUGAAGAAUCAUAAUGGUUACCAUGAUUUCGGUUGGAUACUUCCCAUUAAUUGUGCUGACUCAAAGUGAUAUACUGAUAUAAGAAAUUAAUCCUGUCAAAUAUCUUCUAUACUAAAUAGAAAUGAAUGACAGAAGCUGCUGUAUGCCAUUUAUGACCUGAGAAUGAGAAAGGCAAACACUUGAUACAAUAUACUCUGUGUGUCUUUCGUAUUACUAGGACUUUAACUAGAAUCUAUGUUUUAACAUUAUUUUAGUUCCUCCAUUUAAACAGAUUUUUAUUCCACAGGCACUAAACAUAUCAACUUGCUGGGUUUUUUUUUUAAAUUAAUUUCAAAGUGUAUUUUAAAGUCAUUUAAAACUUUAAAGGUUUCUUGCAUUUAAACAGAACUGUUGCUUUAAGUUUUACCUUUAACUUAUGAACUGAUAGCAUAAUAAUGUGUAACCAAAACUGUACUCUAUAUUGACAUGAACCUUUUAUCUUUGCAAGAGGAGGAUUUUAAAAACCAAAUAUAGUCAUAACCACACAUGGAUUUUUCAUUUUUUUUUUUUUUUACAUAAAUGAGCUUUGUUUUUUAUGAAUAUCACUGUAUAUUGUUAUUCAAUAAUUUUUUUAAUUACCAUUAAUUAUUAGAUUUAAUAAGUGCUAUAUAUUACUGUUUUAUU